CCGACUGCUGUUUUGCUGCAGCAUCCCAGGACAAUGUGACCCUUCGCGGAUCACCUUCAGUAGCUAGUUGGAACGACUCGAAGUGCAACUCGGUGCACGAGCGGUUGGGCCAGAUUUACCAGGGAGUGCACCGACUGUUUCGUUGCUUGCUGCACAGUCUAUUACUCCGGCUGCAGUUAGCAAUAGCACUGGGAGUGACUCCCAGACCCUGCGCUGACUUUUCUCGACCAUGCGACAGUGGUGCCUCCCUGCUGUGGCUCCACGCGCUGAACCGCUCCCAACGGGCCGACUCUCACCUUCACUGUCAGAUGCCAGGAUGGAGUGUUGUGAAGUGGAGCCUCGCUAUACUAUUGAGCAGAUCGACUUGCUCCAGCGUCUAAGGCUCUCGGGCAUGACUAAACCUCAGAUCAUCCAAGCUCUUGAGUCUUUAGAGAGGUUAGACCCAGAUCAUCGCAGCCCGUGUUGUGAUACACACUCGGCCCCUCCCACUGCUCCGACCACUGCAGCUCCAGCCGCUCCGUCCUCUUCCUCAUCCUCAUCUUCAUCUCUCACCUCAGCUACCACACAGACACCUGUACUGGACGUGGCACUUUCGCCAAGCAACAGCUAUGAAGCCUCACCUCCACCCUUAUACCCACCAAGCGGGGUACAGAGGUCAUUCAGCUACGACCUGGCAGAGGAAGACUGGGACUUGGAAGAGAAAGUUGAGGAGUAUAUGAGGAGGGACAGUAAUCUAGUGAAGGAGGAGAUCAAGGCCUUUUUAAAUAACAGAAGAAUCUCUCAGGCUAUCGUUGGACAAGUCACAGGUAUAAGUCAAAGCUAUAUCUCUCAGUGGUUACUGCAGCAGGGUCUUGAGAUGAGUGACUCCAAGCGCAGAACCUUCUACCGCUGGUACCUUUUGGAGCGUAACAGCCCUGGACUCAGAUGGAGUGAAAACCAGCACGCACAGGGCCCCAGGAGCAGGACUGACACCCCGUGGAGUAGGCAGAGAGAACUGCUGAUGCAUCUGCUCCCAUGGUACUCUGCACACCAGUCACAGCCAGGAGCAACUCUGUCAAUGCGCUCUCUGGUAAAAGAGGAGCCAGACUGGAGGAUGGCUGGUAGCCCCGGUGAUAGGGCGGCUGUAGGUGGGCCUUUCAGAUUGCGUAGAGGAAGCCGCUUCACGUGGAGAAAGGAGUGCCAGUCAAUCAUGGAGAGUUUCUUUUUAGAGAACCAGUAUCCUGAUGAAGCUAAAAGGGAGGAGAUUGCCAAUGCCUGUAAUUCUGUGAUUCAAAAACCAGGGUGCAAGUUGUCCGAGUUCGAGAGAGUCACAGCGCUUAAGGUGUAUAAUUGGUUUGCCAAUCGCAGGAAGGAGAUGAAGAGACGUGCAAACAUAGAGGCAGCCAUUCUGGAGAGCCAUGGAAUAGAAGUGCCAAGCCCCAGCUGUCACUCAAACGGGGAGGAGAUUGAAACCCAAGAGUUCAGUGAUCAAGUAGUGAAUCAACGAUUCUCUGAGCAAGAGGAACUGACUCCCAGGAAAGAUAUUGAACAAGAUGGACCAUCAGUGGCUGCUAUGGCAGUUGUGCCUCUUCCAAGCCCCACCCCUCAGCUUGUGGAACAGAAGAUGGACGAAUCAAAAAGGGAGGCAGUUGACGAGGAGUGAUGUCUGGGAGGAGAUUUUUUUGAUAUCUUAAGGUGGUUCAAAAUGCUGACUCUCAGCAUCAGUUCCACAGGUCUUAUCUCCGGGAUGUUGCGUGAGUCAGGGCUGAUACCAAAUGCUCUGGUGCCUCUAGUGGUAGGGAGGCCACUGUAUGUAUUUAUGGUAAUCAUGCUUGUAGUAAUGGCAAUAUUUAUCUCUAUAUAUCGUGCAUUCCAAGACAGUCUUAAUGCAACAAUCGUCUUAGAGGGAAAGAUAUGUCUGGUGCAAAAACUGGUACCCCCUUCCCCCCCUUAAUGCUAAAGCCUCGUCUUUAAACCUUGCUGUUCUCAUUUUUUACAGUUUAAUGAAUUGCAGUAUCUACAUAGCUGGGACUGGAGAGGUUGAGAGAACCUGCAGGACAGGUAUUCAGAUGUGGUGAGGGGGUGUACUGCAGUUGGUGUGGAGCUUGUUUGAUUACUGGGGCGUUUGAAAAACGCCCCUAGCCAUAUGCAAUAGGUAAUAAAUAAGAUAGUUAGAGAAAGACCACGCCCCUCAAAGAGCACCAUCAACUCAGGUAAUUCCAAAGCAGGGAAUCUAGAGACAAUGGAAUAGGCCCUAUGCUAAUGCACCAUAGUGUAGUUCAGUGGAAUUCCUGCAAGAAUGGGUUUCUUGGAAAUUAAUAAGCUUUCAUAAUCAAUCAAAACUUUAAUAUCUAUGUUUGUUUCCACGUUAUUUUAGUAAAAAGAAAGAAAAAAAAAAGCUAACCGUGAAUUUAUGUAGAUGUGAUCAAAAAAGUAACAGAUGAUCACAAUUUUUUCAUGCUGUUUUCUAUAUUAACCACUACAUCAAGCCCUUUUAAAACCAGUCAUUUAAGUAUCUGUGACCUCUGGCUGGUCUUUGGGCUCUAAAAUGUAUUAAAUUGUUUUUCUUAUGAUUUGCUUUAAGCACCAUUACUGCUUCUUUGAUAAGCUAACGAUGUAUGUAAAACGACAAAGCUAUACAUGUCUAUGUGAGAUUUAGCAUACAAUGCAAAAAAAAGCUAUGUUAAUGUGAGUGCCUGGACUUCAGUACUCACAGAUUAUCUCCUGGUCCAUAUGAAGCCAAAGCUGUACCAAUAUGAGUAUUGACAAAAGAGGAACCGUGUGAACACAUUGCAAAAUGAAAUGCAAAUGAAUCUCCUUUGUGAGAGAUUUGAAAGCACUUGGAUGUAAAGACCAUGUAAUGGCCUAAAGCUAUAAAAUAUGAUUAAUCUGACCUAAUUCAGCCGUGUCCGUAUGAAUGGGUUUUAGCGCUGCACGCUGUCCAGGCUUUGCUUUUUCCUGAUGACAUA